AUGCCCCCCCUCGCGCUGCUGCUGCUGCUGGGGGGGGGAGGGGGCCUCGUGCUGAGCACCCCGCCCCUCCCCCCGCGCUUCCUCUGCACCCCGCUCCCCGCCGAGCACGCGUGCGCGGGGGGGGGAGGGGACCCCGGCCCCUACCGAGACCCCCCCGGGGGGGAGGGGGAGGGGGGCGGCUCCGGGGACCCCCUCGGCGCCGUCCUGCGCCUGCGCGAGGCGCUCGUGCGCCAGCGGGAGGUGGCGCUGGAGCUCGCGGCCAAAUUGGGGAGGUGCGAGGCGGAGAGGGGGGGGAGGGGCGGGGGGGAGGGGGGGGGGGACCCGGACCCCCGCCCCCACCAGGAGGAAGAGGAGGAGGAGGAGGAGGGGGCGCAGCGAGCGCUCGAGGGGCUGAGGCAGCGCCUGAGGCAGCUGCAGGGCCGCAACGCCUCGGGGCUGCGGGAGGCGCUGCAGAAGAAGAUCCGGGUGCUGGAGCUGCAGCUGCAUCCCCAUGGCAACGGCACCGGUCCCCAUGGCAACGGCCACCACGGCGACCACCCCCACAAGCAGCAUCCCCAUGGCAGCCCCCACGGCGGCCAUCACCAUGGUGACCACCACGGGCACCACGGCAAGGCCGGGGACCACGGCAUCCUCCAUAGCAACCACCACGAGGGUCUCCAUGGCAACCACCACGGUCACCACGGCGACCACAGCAAGGCCGGGGACCACGGCAUCCUCCAUAGCAACCACCACGAGGGUCUCCAUGGCAACCACCACGGUCACCACGGCGACCACAGCAAGGCCGGGGACCACGGCAUCCUCCAUAGCAACCACCACGAGGGUCUCCAUGGCAACCACCACGGUCACCAUGGCGACCACAGCAAAGCCGGGGAUCAUGGCAACCACCACAGCAUCCUCCAUAGUAAUCACCACGAGGGUCUCCAUGGCAACCACCACGGUCACCACGGCGACCACAGCAAGGCCGGGGACCACAGUAACCACCACGAGGGUCUCCAUAGCAACCACCACGGUCACCAUGGCGACCACAGCAAGGCCGGGGACCACGGCAUCCUCCAUAGCAACCACCACGGUCACCAUGGCGACCAUAGCAAGGCUGGGGACCACAGCAACCACCACAGCAUCCUCCAUAGCAACCACCACGAGGGUCUCCAUAGCAACCACGACAGUCACCACGGCGACCACAGCAAGGCCGGGGACCACGGCAUCCUCCAUAGCAACCACCACGGUCACCAUGGCGACCACAGCAAGGCCGGGGACCACAGCAACCACCACAGCAUCCUCCAUAGCAACCACCACAAGGGUCUCCAUAGCAACCACGACAGUCACCACGGCGACCACAGCAAGGCCGGGGACCACGGCAUCCUCCAUAGCAACCACCACGGUCACCAUGGCGACCACAGCAAGGCCGGGGACCACGGCAUCCUCCAUAGCAACCACCACAGUCACCAUGGCGACCACAGCAAGGCCGGGGACCACAGCAACCACCACAGCAUCCUCCAUAGCAACCACCACAAGGGUCUCCAUAGCAACCACGACAGUCACCACGGCGACCACAGCAAGGCCGGGGACCACGGCAUCCUCCAUAGCAACCACCACGGUCACCAUGGCGACCACAGCAAGGCCGGGGACCACAGUAACCACCACGAGGGUCUCCAUAGCAACCACCACGGUCACCAUGGCGACCAUAGCAAAGCCGGGGACCACGGCAACCACCACAGCAUCCUCCAUAGCAACCACCACGAGGGUCUCCAUGGCAACCACCACGGUCACCACGGCGACCACAGCAAGGCCGGGGACCACAGCAGCCACCACAGCAUCCUCUACAGCAACCACCACGGUCACCAUGGAGACCAUGAGAAGCACAGCAGCCACCACGAGGGUCUCCAUGGCAACCACCACGGUGACCACGGCGACCACAGCAAGGCCGGGGACUACAGCAACCACCACAGCAUCCUCCAUAGCAACCACCACGAGGGUCUCCAUGGCAACCACCACAGUCACCACGGCGACCACAGCAAGGCCGGGGACCACGGCAUCCUCCAUAGCAACCACCACGAGGGUCUCCAUGGCAACCACCACGGUCACCACGGCGACCACAGCAAGGCCGGGGACCAUGGCAUCCUCCAUAGCAAUCACCACGAGGGUCUCCAUGGCAACCACCACGAGGGUCUCCAUGGCAACCACCACGGUCACCACGGCGACCACAGCAAGGCCGGGGACGCCCUCCAUAGCAACCAGCCUGGGCGCCAUGGCGACCACGCCGAUCACCACGGCAACCACAGCAAGGCCGCUGAGCAUCACCAGCACCCCCCGCACAGCCUCCUCCAUAGCAACCACUACGGUCGCCAUGGCAACCAGCAUCCCCUGCCCCACAGCAAGCACAGCAACAACCCCUUCGAGGAGGCCCAUGGCGACCGGGCCGGGUACCCCCAUGGCAACCACUACGGGAACCACGGCAACCACCACCAGGAGCAUCCCUGGCGCCGUCUCCAUGGCGACCGCCAGGACCACGAGGAGGAGGAGGACCACGACGACCCCGAGGACCACGGGGACCCCCAGGACGAGGACAAAG